AUGGCUCAAUUACUCGAAUUGCCAAACGAACUGCUUCUUCUUAUUGCCAGAUAUCUGCCCUACCAAAAAGAUAUCAACUCCUUUGUCCAAACAAACCGCCAGCUAUACGUCCUCUUAAACGUUUUCCUAUGCAAAUUCAAUAUCCAGCACCAUCAAAGCUCUGCCCUGACAUGGGCAGCCAGCAAUGGAAAUGAUCACUUAGCAAAAAGGAUGCUUGAAGCUGGCGUCAGUAUAGCAUCAUUUGAUACCUCAGAAACCGCGAAUCCGCUCUUACGCGCAGUUAUAGCGGGCCAUAUUUCAACUCUUAAAGUGAUGCUCUCAGAAAAACGGCCAGAUCGAGUAUCCUCACCUUUUCAGAAGCGGAGGGUUCUUCUAUUUGCCAUUCGAUCUUCAGACAGAGAGGUUAUAGACCUGAUGAUCGAGAACGACGCUCCUUUAAACCCCUUUCCAGAUGAUCGACGUGGAGAUUCCACCCUGGGUAUCGCAGCCCUUGGUCUGUGUGAUCCUACUAUAUUUGCUCGCUUGCUACAGGCAGGCGCACGGACACAUCGCGGCGAACAGCCAGAUACAUUCUCCAUGGUUAUGACCCCAGGACAUCCAGGUCGAUCGCAGAUCGUUGAACUUUUGCUGGAGCAGAAUUGCCAACCAUCAUCGGAGGAAGCUCUACGUCGUAUUGUAAGACAAAACGACAAAACUAUAUUCCAGCUUUUUGUCGACCAUGGCUUUGAGAUAGAUAUCUACGGCCAUGCAGCUCUAUUCCAAGCCAUUCUUGAGCGCGAGGAUGAAAUGGUGGAAUUACUGCUUGAGAGUGGUGCAAACCCACAUCUGCAAUGCCAAUAUCCUGAUGACGAUUGUGUUUUUCACUAUCGUAGCUCAAUAUGGUGCGCCAUUAGGUUCCGCAACUGGAAAAUGCUCGACCUCCUCCUUUCAAAGGGUGUCCAUCCAGACCCGGCUGACCUCGCCUUUGCCAUUGAACGUGAUGAGAAGAAGGCUAUUGCUUUACUAUCCCAAUUUUCUUAUGAGAGUGUACCGGUCAAGAUCACUUUACCUGACUUUAUCAAGCAUAUGGAAGAUGAAAGAGUGAAGACAGAUCCUAACUUUGUGCCGAAGGACUGGUGGCCUAGACUCUCUUGA